AUGUUGACUUCACCCGACCUCCCCAUUUCGAUAGUGUGCGUGCACGCCGAGGGCGAAAUCGGCGACGUUAUUAUCAGCGGAAUACCAGACCCAAUGCACUGCAACACAAUGUACGAAAAGCUGGUGCACUUUGAGACAAAAGCAGACCACUACCGACAACUACUCAUGCAAGAGCCACGAGGGCGCGUCUCGCAAUGUAUGAACCUGCUGCUCACACCGUGCCAUCCAGAAGCCGACGCAGGCUUCCUCACCCUCGAGAGCGACGAAUACGCAACCAUGAGCGGUAGCAACACAAUAUGCGUCACAACAGUGCUACUCGAGACUGGCCGUAUCGCCAUGAAGGAACCCGAGACCAAAGUCGUGCUCGACACAGCAGCGGGGCUUGUGCGCGUCCGCGCCCGCUGCGCCGGCGGCAAGUGCCUCAGCGUCGAAUUCGACAACGUCCCAUCCUUUGUCUACGAACUCGACGUGCCCGUCUGCAUCCCUGGCAUUGGCGACAUCUCUGUCGACGUAGCCUGGGGCGGGAUGCACUACGCAAUCGUGUCUGCGGACGCAGUAGGCCUGAGCAUCGAGCACCAGCACGGCGCUGAUCUGAUUCGCAUUGGCGAAGCCAUCCGCAAGAGCGUCCAAGACAUUUACGAGCCGGUGCAUCCGCUCAACAACGGGAUCCGCGGUGUGUCGACGAUGCAGUUUACAGAGCCUAUCCAUCUUCCGGUCAAGGUCAAGACGGCCACCAACACGGUUGUCGUGUCGCCAGGCCGCCUCGACCGCAGUCCUUGCGGCACGGGCACGUCGGCACGCAUGGCCGUCCUGCAUGCUCGUGGCCAAUUGGCCGUGGGCGAACCUUUUACUCACAAGAGCAUCAUUGGCACAAAGUUUCAGUGCAGCAUCGUCGGUACCACAAAGGUCGGCCGCUACGACGCUAUCUUACCCCGCGUCAGGGGCCGUGCCUGGAUCACCGGCUACAGACAAGUCGUUGUUGACGAGGAGGAUCCCUUUCCUCUUGGCUUCAGGGUCGGAGAUAUGUGGGGGCCGGACUGCGGCAAUGCUGGUAUGGCCGUGGACAGCUGAAAAAAAAAUAUUUCUUGUUUUGUGGAAGAAAAGGACUUUGAGGGGGGGAAUGCGUGUGUCUACUAUGUUUGGUUUGUAUAAGAGUUGUGUGCGUAUAUGGCUUUAUGACUUGAUAGAUGGUGGCGGCCUCUUAUUUUUUUUUUUCUCCCCAAGAGCUGGUCUCUUUUGGGAGGCUCUUUUUUUUUUAAAAAAAAUCAUUUCGAAGGUGUUUGGGUGUUUGAUGAGAGAGGCAUACUAGCAAUAGUAACGUUGUUUUUUUUUUUCGGGGGAGCGAGAGGGGGGGAUAGAGAAGAUUAGAUAUAUAGAUUCAUACAAGCAAUUGUUGUAACA